GGGUAAAACUUGUGAAAUUCGCUUAGCCAAGAAGACAAUUUUUUGCCAUGCUAGGAAAAAUGUCAAUUUUGAAUGGCAUGUAAAUGUUGGCCUUAAUUGAAUUGUCAAAAUACCCUCAUCCUUUUCCUCACUCAUGUAACGUGCACCCGUUUCUCCGCUUUAUUAUGCCUGUGCGUUGGUCGUUCUCUUGCGCGAAGAAUCAAACACCUACUUAUCCCCGUUCCCCUCUAACCCCUUACGCUACCGAUACAUCCGACGUAAGUUGUGUAUGUAUGUAAUGUAUGAUGUGACAGCAGAAAACAAGACAUGCACGCAUAUAAUAGGCUACCGAGCAGUGGACAGAGCAGCCCAUCAGCACCAUCAUCUCCCCGCUCUCGGUCGCCUCACCGCCGUUCCAAACCCCCUCCUCGUUUUGUCGGUCCGAAAACCCUUCCCCAGCAUCUUGCUUGGCAUUUUCUCUCCUUUCUUCUUCAAAGACAAACGAUUUUUCUCUUUGCCCCAUUCAUUUACAUCUCCGGAAUUCUUUUAUACAUGGAUACUGUUUCCUUUUACAACCUUCCAGCUCCACAUUAUGCACCUGGCUCCAUUUACCGUAGCCCACAGCUUUAUGGUAAUCUCCGACCAGAAAUGGAGUCCGAUAGUUCCACUGCUGAUGCGAUAUCGACAAUAUGGAAGAACUCCUAUAAAGGUGGUGAAUGGAGACCAUGCAUUGACAAGUCCUCAAGAGGUUUACCUGAAUCAAAUGGAUACAUUUACAUUGAGGCAAAUGGUGGUCUGAAUCAGCAGAGAACAUCAAUAUGCAAUGCUGUUGCCGUGGCAGGCUAUCUUAAUGCGACCCUGAUCAUUCCACAUUUCCACUUUCAUAGCAUUUGGAGGGAUCCAAGCAAAUUCAGCGAUAUUUAUGAUGAAGAAUUUUUUGUUAAAACCCUAAAAAAUGAUGUAAGGGUGGUGGACAAGGUUCCUGAUCUUAUUAUGGAACGGUUUGAUAACAAUAUGACCAAGGUGUACAACUUCAGGAUCAAGGCAUGGUCCUCCAUCUACUACUAUGGGGACACAGUUCAUCCUAAGCUGCUUGAAGAAAAGAUCGUCAGGAUAUCCCCAUUUGCUAAUCGUUUGUCAUUCGAUGCUCCCCCAGCAGUUCAGCGGCUUAGAUGUCUGGCAAACUACGAAGCCCUGAGAUUUUCAAAUCCCAUUUUAAGUUUAGGACAAACAUUGGUUGCAAGGAUGAAAGACCGAAGUGCAAAUAAUAGUGGGAAGUAUAUAUCUGUGCAUCUUCGCUUUGAGGAGGAUAUGGUUGCUUUCUCUUGUUGUAUAUAUGAUGGUGGAGGUAAAGAGAAAAUAGAUAUGGAUGCAGCAAGAGAGAGAGGAUGGAGGGGAAAAUUUACAAAACGUGGUAAAGUGAUUCAUCCAGGAGCAAUCAGGAUCAAUGGAAAGUGUCCCUUAACGCCAUUAGAGGUUGGUUUGAUGUUACGAGGAAUGGGGUUUGGUAAAAGCACAUCUAUUUAUUUAGCUUCUGGAAAGAUCUAUGACUCAGAGCGACACAUGAAAUCACUCUUAGAGAUGUUUCCUCUUUUACAAACGAAAGAGAUGCUAGCAUCCCCCGAAGAGCUCGCCCCAUUUCAGAAUUACUCUUCCAGGAUGGCUGCUAUAGACUAUACUGUGUGUCUUCAUAGUGAAGUAUUUGUGACAACUCAAGGAGGAAAUUUUCCCCACUUUCUGUUGGGUCAUAGAAGAUUCUUGUAUGGUGGACACUCGAAGACAAUUAGGCCAGACAAGAGGAAGUUAGCUUUGUUAUUUGAUAACACAAAUAUUGGGUGGAAAAGCUUCAAGCGGCAAAUGCUAAAUAUACGAGCACAUAGUGAUUCAAAGGGAAUUGAGAUUAAAAGACCAUCUGACUCGGUAUAUUCAGUCCCAUGUCCAGAUUGUAUGUGCCGCAGUAACAAGACUGAUGUUUCAAAAUCAUCCUCAGCGGCUUGAUUCUGGGCAUACCUUUGGUGGUGUUUCCGUUCCCAUUGUAUGGAUUUCAGCUUCUAGCCCUUACCAUUCUUCCACUUUUUGUCCCCUAACACAGUGGAGAAGACCCUUCCAGAUCCUAGAGCCAGCCUUCUUGAGAGAUUUUAUUCGAUUGCUCGUCAAUAUAAUUAUUUUCUGGGAACUAGUUGAGGGGUGUGCCGUUGUACAUGAUAGUCCGAGUAAAGGACGUAAAAAUCAUCUUGAUUGCUGGGUAUAUCUGGGUGUCGACUUACAUAGAUUCACUUCCAGCUGCUGCGUCUGACAAGCUGUGAAUUGACACGGGAUACAUUAAUUCAACGUUAGUUUUUGCAGUGAGGAUCUUGUAUAUUACUUGAGAGUAGGUAGUAUUAGACUUUAGCAACAGGAUGAAAUAGCGGAUGCCUUGUCAAAAGACAGGGUUCCCAAUUUUUAAUUUUGGAUCCCCUCGUCUUUUAAAAAUGUUUGUUGGGAUCUCUGUUGGUAUUUAUCUCCACUUUUCACUAGAUUUAUCACCCUCCAUCUUACAUGGUUGCACAAAAAUUUCCCAAGAACACUAUUCUAAACCGUGGGAUGAAUUUUGAUUUUUCUGUAUAUUAUAAACGUCCACUGUUACAUGUGAAAUGAUAUCAAUCUUGAAUUUUCUUGUUAGAUAAUUAUUUUAUAUGAACCAUUCAAGAUAACACAGUAUUCUU